AUGCUGUCAGCUACUGUACUGUUUGCGCUGGUGACUGUAUCUGUGGCUUCUGAAGGUAAAAUGACUUGUUUUAUGAAAAAAACGUGUUAUCUCUUGCCAAAGUUCAAGAGUUCAUUUGAGGGAACCAUUCUUGACAGACAGAAAAUUUAUUCAUUGUUUUUAUUAAUGUAUUUGAUCGUUGGAGGUCGCUAUCCUUUUAAUACACUCUUGAAAACAAUGGGGGAAAAAUACCCCUCGUAAAAGCAAGAUGUGAAAAGGCAGGAAUAGCUCACUGAUCAAUCCCUUUAGCUGUCCUUUAAACUAGAAAAGACUUGUUCUUGUUUUUUUAAUUUUCAUUUCAUCAAAUGAGAUGUGUUCAUCCAGUUGUAUGACUUUGGUGUGGGUGAAAGUGCAUCUUGAUAGUGACUGCUGUGAACAGCAACAACGUUGCCUGGAGACAUUUCAACAAUACUUGCAAUGUUUGACGCUCAUCACUUGAAGUGUCAUCUUUUUUUUCUAAUUUAUCCCGCGAUACUCGUGAAAUUUAUAGCCUUUCUUUCAGCCAGACGUCGAACAAAAACUGGUACCGGCAAUUUUGAAAGGCAAGCCCGCCAAAACGAUCAAGGCAAUGAAUGUUGAGAAGAGGGUAAAGCUGGAGUUCCUUGUCUAAAAGUCUCCAAUCAUUAUAAGACCUUCUCUAGCUGGGGAAAAUUUAAAAAAUUCUAGUUUUAAACCCUUCGAGUCCAGCUUGAUCUUAAUUGGCUUUAAAGGAAGCGACUUUCUGCGGCGUGAUUAUAUCUGAUGACAUAUGUUUCAUUCCUUCUUCAUCUCAACAGGAGCAAAGUGGAAGUACGGGGAAACAGACAGUCACGGUACAGACAACAGAGUCUUGAAGUAUAGAUUAAGAAUUCAUUUACUGUAUGCUGGUUUAUUCCAGAUAUUCAAGAUUUUUCGCAUGCUUUAAAACUAUUGUAAAUAUAUCUCGUAUCCAGAUCCUACCGUGUAACCAACUGAAAUGUAUCCGCUUGGCCAUUAGCAUAUCGGCGCCAAUCAUGGCGGCCACGUUUAGAGUAGCUCUAGUUUCUAUCACUAUUCUAUCCUGUUUAAGCGCUGCAUUUCUAAACCAUUUAUUAUCCUUCGAGGCUACUUUUAAAUCAAGGUGGGAACCCCUGCACACUGCUGUUCAACUCAAGAAGAAAUGCACUUGUAUCGUCAAAGAUGGUUUUCAUCGAUCAAGAGUUCCAAUGCAGAAGCACACUAAACACGGGUUUGUCUCCUUAGUCAUCCCUGGCCACGACCCUCCAUUGGACAUCACGGUAUACGUUGAUAUUUCGACCAACCCCGGUCCUGCUCAAUCUAUUAUCGCCAUUGGUAGCCGGCAGAGAGCCACUAGAGAUUUAAUUCGGCAGCUUGAUUCUCCAAUUCGCCAAACAACGACCCUACAGUACUCUCGGCGCGAACUGGUGUCGCUCCGGAAAAAUUACAGCCUUCAGGAGAGACGGUCAGUUUUAUUUAAGAACAUUCGAGCGGAUGGAAUUUUUAAGUACCGAGGGAAACGGUCCGGAAGACUUACUAAAACACAAUUAAAUACAGGCCGAAGCAAAUAUUCUUCAGAAACGAAUGAAUUUUCAACCUUGAAUAAUUAUCCACAGUCGAACAAUCACACCUUACCGGGGCUUUCAGUAAUUCCCGUGAGAACAACCACACGCGCCAUCUCCAGUAGUUACACAAGACCAAGAACUGUUAAUUGCUAUAACUCUUCCAUCUUGAAUGAAUCUUUACGGUUCAAUAAUCACGCUUUACCGAGACUUUCAACAAUUCCCGUGAGAGUAACUACGCGUGUUUCCUCCAGCCGUUACACAGAAGAAAGAGCCGUCAAUUUCAAUAAUCUGGCUAUUAUCAAGCCUAAGAGAAACAUCGACGCCAGGAAAAACACCUUGCAGUUCGUACCGUCAAUAGCUGUGUCUAAUGUAAUGAGUUUGGCACCAAAAAUAGACGAACUUCGUAUUUUUUGAACACCCACGAGUUUGAUCUUUGUUGUAUAACGGAGACAUGGCUGAAAGAUUCUAUUGAUGACAGCGUAGUUGACAUUAGUGGCUACAACAUCAUACGCAAAGAUAGGACCCACAAGCUACAUGGGGUGUGGCUCUAUAUGUAAAAGAUUCCAUCAAAUUCUCAAUUCUACGGGACUAUGAGUUUCCUGACCCCGAGGGCCCUGAGGUUUUGUGGGCCAAAAUCACGCCCAACCGAUUGCCCCGGGGUUAUAGCUGCCUUAUCAUUGGUACAGUAUACCAUCCUCCACCGCCUGCCAAAGAUGAGCCCCUCCUUGAUUACAUGAUGGAUUCUCUCUCUAGGAUAGAGAGUGAUAUCCCUGGCGCAGGUAUAAUUCUCGCUGGCGACUGGAACAGGGCAAAUGUUUCACCAGUUAUUAAGCAGUUCCGCCUCACGCAAGUCGUCCAUUUUCCAACAAGAGGGAUCGUACACUCGACAAAGUGCUAACUAAUCUUACAGAACACUACGAGAAACCUUCUCCAUUCCCGCCCUUCGGACUAUCCGAUCAUUGUACUGUUGGUUUGUUUCCAAAAAUUAGAUCGAAGGCCAAUAUUCCUGCAAACAGAACGGUUACUACACGUGCUGUCAACGCUGAGUCCAAACAGGCUUUUGGUCGUUAUAUGACGGGGUCGACUGGUCAUUAAUCGACACUAUAGAUAGCGUCCAAGAACAGUAUGCUCACUUCAGUGACCUAAUUCACAUAGGGUUAGAUUCUAUCCUUCCCAAAAAGCGAGUUAAGUUCCACCGAAACGACGCACCAUGGAUUUCACCCAAACUCAAGGCACUUAUAGCACACCGUCAAAGAGCAUAUUACCAAGACAACAAACCAUUGUUCCACUACUACCGGAACAAAGUAAACAGGGAACGGAAGCUCUGCAAACGCUCUUAUUACAACACUAAAGUCAGCGUUUUGACCGAAAACAAUCCUAAAAAUGUGGUGGUCCGAAUGUAGGCGGUUAUGUGGAAUGAACAAAACAUCUACAAGUGUCGCAAAUCAGCUCCUAGCAAGUAAACCAGCUACCUCAAUCAACCUUAAGAUCUUGGCUAAUGAAAUCAACACAGCUCUGCUAGAACCUCAAGCUUCGUUUGACCCACUUUUAGAUAAUAUCGAAACUGUGAGCACUGAGGGUUUUAAAACUCCCAUUAUUUCACUGGAAGCUACCUUCAAAUGCCUUAGUACGGUCAGCUCCUCCAAAGCUGGGGGCCCAGAUAAUAUCCCAAACUGGGUCUUGCGUGACUUCGCUCCUGAGCUCGCUCAACCUCUUCGUUGUAUCAUCAAUUCCUCGAUUAGUCAAGGGACUUUACCGGACAUUUGGAAAUGUGCAAACAUCACCCCUCUUCCCAAAACAAAGAUAGUUGAGGAUGCGGCGAAAGAUUUGAGACCUAUUUCACUGACACCAACGUUGUCCAAAAUUGCCGAGCACUACGUCGUCCAUGAACAUGUGAAACCAGCACUUCUGAAACGCCUGGAACCCGAUCAAUUUGGGUGUAUUCCAGGAUCCUCUACUGCGCAUGCAUUGAUAAACCUGAUGCACAAUUGGGCGCAAGCAACAGACGGAACGGGGAACACCGUGCGGAUCUUUGCGUUGGACUAUAGAAAAGCCUUCGAUCUGAUAGAUCACAGCCUCUUGCUAUCGAAACUCUCGACCUACAAUAUCAACCCUUACAUCAUUAAUUGGAUAAUAGCCUUUCUUAAAGAUAGGAAACAAAGGGUCAAACUUGCACAUGAUUGUCUCUCAGAGUGGGGAUCGGUCCGAGCAGGAGUACCGCAGGGAACAAAAUUGGGACCGUGGCUAUUCUUGGUUAUGAUAAAUGAUUUGAAAGUACCAUCAGCCAGUGAUUGUAUAAAAUAUGUAGAUGACACGACAGUGUAUGAAAUCAUAAGCAAGGGUGGUCCUAGCAAUGCUCAGUCUAUGAUAAACGAAGUAACUACCUGGUCAACACUUAACUCGUUUCAACUUCAUCCAAAAAAAUGUAAUGAGCUAAGAGUUUCCUUCGUGCGCUCCCCUCCUUCCUACGAUCUCAUAGAAAUUAAUGGCUCUAAGGUUAGCGCCGUUAGUGUCGUGAAAUUACUGGGUGUGUAUUUUCAAGACAACCUCAAGUGGAACACUCACGUUACUGAGAUGAUUAAAAAGGCCGCUAAGCGCCUUUACUUUUUAACUCAGUUAAAGCGAGCUAAGGUACCAUCACCAGAAUUAGUGAAUUUUUAUGUUGCUUGCAUUCAAUCCGUCUUACUUUAUGGAUGUCAGGUCUACCAUUAUAGUCUCCCCGAUUAUUUGAGCUUAAGUUUAGAGCGUGUCCAAAAGAGAGCCUUGAAAAUUAUAUACGGUUAUGAUAAUCAUUAUAGAGAAGUGCUUCAGAUGGCAGAGCUGAAAACCCUAAGGGAUCGGAGGGAAGACCUUUGCUUAAAAUUCUUUAACAACAUCGUCUCCAAUCCCUUGGAUUGUUUGUACCACUUACUGCCUUUCGACAACCGAGAUCAACUUAUAGAGUUACGACGACGCAGACCAUUUAGAGUUUCCUUUAAAACAAAUCGGUUCAGAGAUACUUUCAUUCCAGCAAGCGCAAGACAUUUUAAUUGACAUCUAUUACAAUUGUAUAUGGGCCCAUAUGUAAAUUAGUUCCCUUUUAGGUUUGAUUUUAUUGUAUAGUUCUAUUAUAUAAUUUGUACACCUUUGUAAUUCAGCUUCCAGCUGCUAUUAAGGUAUUCUUAAUAAACGUCUAUCUAUCUAAAAAAAAAUUUAAAUCUGGAAUGUCUGGGUACCAGACUAUAAUACUGCUCAUACAAACUAACGAAAACAUAGUCUUUACUUUUUGCUCAAAAAUCUAUUUAAUAUAAUCUCUUAUUUUCCUAUUAACGCUGAUAUUCCUGACAGGUUAUGGUCCACCUGACUGGGGUAAAGUUUCAAAAUUCUGCGAUUACACCGCCCAGUCCCCCAUAAAUAUCGAAACUCCGGUUAAGAAAGAUGCAAGUCUCAAGGGACUCCGAUUUGCAAUCGAGAACAGAAAUCGAAGGGUCAGUGGAGCUAUAAAAAACAAUGGUCAUGCACCUACCCUAACUAUUGACAAGCUCAAAGGCAAGGCUAGACUCACCGGGGGUCCCCUUGGAUAUAGCGUGUUUAUGCUCCAGCAGUUCCACUUUCAUUUCGGUUGUGAUUACGACGCGGGAUCAGAACACCUUGUGAACGGAAAGCCAUAUCCUGGAGAGGUGCGCAAUAGUAGCUCUCGAAACUUUUUGUUUUCCAUACGUUAGCAUUACGACCACUAACUGAAAACAUUCGUGAAAAAUUGUUCCUCUCACACAGGUGCUUAGGGACUAGUCAUUACAUAUUGAUCACCUCACCUGGGGACGGAGUGAAGGUUUUUUGUUGGAGGAUGGAUUACAUGGUUUUCUGGGGAAACGGAGGGGGAAUUAGUCGUCACCAACAAAAUACAAAUGGGAGGACUAUUGAAAAAUCGACUCCCAUUAACUGCCAAUGAGGGAGAAAUAUGGGCAUAUUUACAGAGCCUUCGGAGGGGUCGGAAAAUUUUAUCAUGACCCAAUCAAAAUCCUCCAGUUUCCGUCGAAAAUAUGACUGGCUAUGAAGCAAACUGUGUGAAGCGUGGAAAACGCGAGUGGCUAUUAAUCGUGUAUGGCUCUAGUUUGGCAUCUGGUCAGCGGAUCAGAGAGGAACUAUUUACAAUAUUGUACUUCAUGUAUAAUUUCAAUUUAUCGUCUUUUAGCUCCAUUUGGUGACUUAUAACACAAAGUACGCUGAUUUUGAUACCGCUGCGUCCCAAUCCGAUGGACUGGCUGUGAUUGGCGUUUUCUUUGAGGUAUGUAUGGAAAUAUCAUAUAUGUUGCUAUAUUAACUUUACCAGGUAUUUUGUUAGUGAUGAAUUUGGAAAAAUAAAAAAUUUUCCAAUAAAUAGCAACUGUUCCUAAAAUGAAAGGAAUUAGCCGCAAGGUGGAAUCGGUAUGGGUUGGGAAAGACUGGGGUAGAGAGGUAAAGUUGAAGUUGAAGUCAUCGCAAUUGAGGAAAUUGAAAAUUGGAUUGAUUGAAGAAAAAUGUACAUCAACAGCUUUUCUUUAGUGAGAUCAUUUGCAUACCUGUAAAAAAUACCCCGUACAGUUGCAAGGGAUUCAUUCCCGCUCCACGACAAAAAUUAGAGUUGGUAACGCUUGACGUUGGCGCAUAAGUAAGACUUCAUACUGCACAUUGUACAAAAGGCAGCAACAAGGGUCAGAUUUCAAUAGUUAGGGAACUAACGCUAAAUAUUGGCUUGGAAGAUGGAGUUCAUCACUCCAAGAGGAACAUCUUUCAGUUAAAAACUUCUAAGACGAUGAGAUCUUUAAUGUGAAAACAUGCUACCUAUUUCAGGAAAAGAAGAAAAGAGAAAAAGGGAAAGGAAGAAAGCACUAUUAUGCCCUCCUCAAACUUUACUAUGCUCUAAGAAGAAUAAGGGAUUUUGGUAAGGCCUUAGCAGCUUGUAUCAUUUUAUAUAUCCGCUUACAUAUCCGUUUGUGUCACGCCAAAGAGUCUCUAUAAAUUCAAGGGUCAAGCUAUCAAUUAGAGAUAAAGAAGUUUCCACUGUUCUACUGUUAGUAUUCGUCACGUGAUGAGGUUCAAUGAUUGCGCGUCGCUAUAAAGGGAUAGUUAGCCGCUAUUGGUGCGUUUUGGCGAUAUCUUAUCAGUGCAUUUUGAUCCUCGUUUCAUUUCGACAAGUAGAUGUUGGUUCCUUGCAGGAGUUCUAAUGUUGUCAUUUCAUUGCUCACUGUGUGGGUAUCGUGCAAGGAAUAAAAACAAAAAAGUUUUAAAUAACAAUACCCUAUACGAAACAUAACUUAAGUACGAAGAUCGUUAACACGACGAUAUCUUGAGAAUAUCCUUCUCCCAUCACGGAUCCAGAGUGUCCACACUACUCAGCCAAACUCAUUACUCCUAAUAGUGACCAAAAGAGAAUUUCUCCCUAGAACAUCCAUAGAUUUUCAAGCAGAAGUUUCAUGAGAAGUAACACAACAUCAACGGAAGGGUAACGAAAUGUAUGGCAGACAGUGUCGAGUAUUUAUACCUAGAUAUUGGAAGCGAAAAGGUUAAACAUUUAUAACAUUAGGGCAGCUAAUACAACCACUUUCUCUCUCAGGUGCCGAAGCUUCAGUCAGAUACAUAGCACUGCUCGACUUGGUUCCUGAACUGAAAGAUCUCUCAUCGUUCUUCUCCUACAAGGGUUCCCUUACCACCCCUCCCUGUUAUCAAUCAGUUCGCUGGAUUGUACUGAAAGAACCCAUUCAAUUCCCUGGUCCUUUGGUAAGAAUAUUUUUAUCCUAUUUUUCUGUUUUUUAACAUUUAAUCACUAUUUAAGUGCCUGAAAAAUUAGCGCUUAAGCGUUUCACAUAUCCUACUAAAGCAUUCAAACGCACUAAAGUCCAAUUUAAGACAAUAGUGUCCGAAUUAAGAAACUUGUGUCCGAUUUUAGAUUUUAGACACAAGUGUCCGUUAUUAGACACUAGUAUUCUAUUUUAGAUACUAGUGUCUAAUUUUAGAUUUUAGACAUAAGUGUUCGAUUUUAGGACGAUAAGCAGUACCUGACGUGUCUAAAUUGGACCCUUUUUCCUUUGUGAAAGUUAUGCUACUAACACUUCACAGAACACAAAACGUUUGUGUUUAAAGUAUCCAUACCUAAACAGUCCCCAACCCUCUGUAACUGUAGUUUUUUCCGAUCUUCUAUUCACAAUUAAUGUGAUUUUUUUCCAGUUCGGCGCCAUGAGGAGACUGAAAAACGGAGAGGGAGGCCUCAUGUGUGGGAACUUCAGACCACCUCAGAAACUCAACGGACGUGUGGUUUCUGAAUUCGACGGAUGA